AUGUCGAUAUACGAUGACGACGUUCUCGAAGGUGAAUUAGAAUAUGCUGGCGAUGAAGAUAUGAAUGCCACAGAAAUUAUACAAAUGUUAUAUGAAAAAGAAAUGGCGGAUAAUGAUGAUAUUGAAACAGAUGAUGAUGAUGAUUAUGAUGAUAUAAAUAAAAAUAGUAAUACAAUUUCAAAAAAUAUUGGAAAAAAGCAGUCAAUACAGGAGACAAUUGUUCAUAUUCAAAAUGUAGGAAGAACAAAAAGUCGUGGUUCAUAUGGUGAUGAAAAUAAUUUAAUUGAUUACGUUAUUGAUGAAGAAAAAGAAAUUGGGGGUGCUAAAGAUAAUUCGGAUGAUAAAUCAAGUACAUUUUCAAGCGUAAUGAAUGAUGAUAAUAAUGAUGAUGAUGAUGAAUUAGAAGAUCAAACUGACAAACAUACAAAUGAAAAAAUACUGGCCAAAGUUGAAGCUCAAAUGAUUCGUGCCAGAGCAUUUUUAAAUCGACUUGAUAAAACGUUGAGAGAAAAAGACAGUAUUGUUAAACAAGCUCGAGAAUCAGUUUAUAUAAGCAAAGAAAAAUUAACCAAAUUGGAAAAAGAGAAGGAUAAGUUGGAACGAAAUAUUGAAACAGCACAAGAAAAGCAAAACAUCACAAUAACAAAUCGUUUAUGCAGUGAACAUCAACGUUUAUUAGACGAAAUUGAAAUUGAACACGAUGUUUUGAAACAAUUUCAGAAGAAAUUAGAUGAAGCUGAAUAUACUCGUACAAAAGCGUUACUUGAACGAUCGAAAUAUGCAUACGAAGAAACGGAAUUAAAAGUAAAAGAAGACAAAUUAUUGAAACAAAAGAGAGAAAUAGCUAAUUUAAGAAAACGAAAUGAAGAUUGGAAAGUAACACAAAUAAAAAAGAGUCAUUUAUCAGCAUUAAAGGAUGAAAAACGAGCUUUAGAAGAACAAGCAAAAAAUCAUAAACUCGCCAUUGAAGAAACAAAAAGAAGUCAAAAAGUGGCUAAUAAAUAUCUUCAACAAACAUUUCAAAAAGUUCGAGAUGAAAAACGUCUUGAAGAAGAACGUAGUCGAAAUGAUAUGGAAAGAAAAAUUAAAAGUUUAUUGAAUUUACGUGAUGCAAUUGAACAUAAUAAAGAUACAUUAACAGUUCAAACUGCUCAAAAAAGAGCUUUAAUUAAAGAACAAGAUGAAAUAUUGAAAAAAGAACAAAAUGAUAUUGAAAAUCAAGGUCAAAAUGCAUUAUUCUAUUUACUACGAAAACAAAAAAAUGAUCAAUUAAAACAAAUACAACAAAAAUUUGAAGAACAACAAGAAUUAAAUAGAUUAGACAUUGUCGAUAAACUUUUAAAAGAGCAAAAUGAAAUUGGACGAAAAAGAAAAUUAUAUCCAGAAUAUUAUGCCGAUAAAAAACAGCAUAUGUCAAAAAUUGUUAGUGCACAUCCAUCAAAAAAUAUUCCAUCAUUACAAAUAUCAAAAAUAGAACGACAAUCGAGCGAACCAACACUUAUUAAACAGACAUCGAUUAUUGAACCAUCAUCAUCAUCUCAAUUAGACAUUCCCUAUUCAAUCGAUCAUAUUGAAUAUGCAUCCUCAUUAGCAACAUCAGCAUUUGAAAACAAUGAAUUUGACGAUGAUGAUGAUGCUGAUUUGGCUAAACCCGAAUUUGAUGGCUUAUGGGAUAAAGAGCCUAUUAAACCGUCGGAUGAUCCAUUAUUUAAUCGUUCAAAACAUUAUAAAUCAAAAAUGGAUAAAGAUAUUCUUCAACGAACGUUAGCAAAACUAAAAGAUGGUAUUGUACGUGAACAAGUGGUUGGUACAAAAAAAUUUAAAGGCAUACCAUUCAAAUCCGAUCCAAAAAUUAUUCAUUUUAAAGAUUUUGAUGUGGGAAAAACAUACCGAACAAAAGUAACAUUAACAAAUGUAACGUUGACAAUAAACACAUUAAAAUUAGUUGGUUUAUCAGAAAAUUUGAAAGAUUUCAUUAUACCAAAAUUUGAAGCACCUGGUAUGAUUUCUGCUGGCAUGUCUUGUUACAUGACAAUAACAUUUGAGCCAAAGUUAAAUGAAGAUUUAAAUGGUGAAAUAAAAUUUUUAGCUCAAACUGGUCUAUUUACCGUACCAAUUCAAUGUUCAACUAAAAAAUGUGAUCUUUCAUUGGAUAAAACAUCUGUUGAUGUUGGCACAACUGUUGUUGAAGAAAAGUUAUAUCAAAGUUUAAUAUUAAAAAAUGCUGGUGCUCUUGGAACAAAUUAUCGUCUUAUUAAAACAAAUUUGCUACAAAUUGAAAGAGAAAAUGCUGAUCUAGAAACCAAAGAACAACAACGACAAGCAGAUUUUUGUAAACCAGUAUCAAGAACAAGUGUAGAAAAGGAACAUUCAACGCUCUCAGAUACAAAUAAGCUAAUAGAGACAGAAUAUGUUCAAGUUUUUCAUGUUAAAAUACCAGAAACUGGUAUUAUUGCUGCUCAUGCAAGUAUUCAAAUUGAAAUUGAAUUUUCAUCGCCAGUAGCCGGAAAAUUUGAAGAAAAUUAUACCAUUGUUUUUGAUGAUAAAGAUUCACCAGAAUUACGAUUUGUUCUUCAUGGUCAAUCUCUCGAUGUUCCUGUAUGGAUUGAAAAUCCAAAUAUUGAUUUUAAAAUUUGUAUGUUUGAUCGUCUGUAUCAAGAGGGUCUAGUAUUGCGUAAUCGAAGUAAUGCAGCUUUACGUGUCACAAUCGAUUUACCUAGUCAACUAGAAAAACAUAUUGAAAUAGUUCCAAAAACUGCGUAUAUUCAAGCAAAAUCAAGUUUUUCAUUACAAAUUAAAUUGAUGGCUCGUCAAACACUGACAAAUGAUGACACAAACUAUUUUGAUCAGAGUGUAAAUACAUUAAUUAUACCUUUAGAAUUAAAAGUUGCUGAUCAAACUCGUACAGUUCCAUUUACAAUUAGUGCCAUAUUGACAACAAGUAAUUUAGAGUUUGAUAUUGAUAAUAUUGAUUUUGGAUGUUGUACAAUUUAUGAAAGUGUUGUGGCAAAUAUUAAAUUAACAAAUAAAUCAUUGUUAGCUCAACCAUUUGGUUUUAUCAAUUUGCCAGAAUAUAUUCAAGUACAACCGAAUGACGGAUUUGGAACAUUAUUACCUGAAGAAACGAUAGAUUUGAAUGUACUUUUCAGUCCAUCAGCUACAAAAGAUUACAAGCAUACAUUGAUAUGCAAAUCAUUAGUAAAUCGUGAAUUUAAAAUUAAUUGUUCGGGUACCGGUGUAUUAACACCAUUACGUCUGUCGUGUACAACAAUCAGUUUUCCAUCUACACCGAUCAAUGAUCAUUCAUUGGCUUCAUUCUACGUUGAAAAUACACAUAUGGAUAAAAAACAUUAUCAACAUGCUGUGCCACGUAUUGGCAAUGGCGAAAUUCCUCCGGUUGGACCCACUUCGUUUGAAUUUGAAAUACCCGAUAAUGCACCAAUUACAAUUUCACCAGCAGUUGGUACCGUCGAACCAGGAAAGCGGCAAAAAAUUAGUGUUCGAUUUUCACCGAAAUUAAAUAAUAAAGAUAUUAGUUUAAAAUCAGUUGAAAUAAAACAAGCUGAAUUGAAAAAACAACUUGAAGCAAAAGAAAAAGAUUCAUUGAAAGGAGAGACGAAAAACAAGGGUAAAAUUGAUGGCAACACAACAAAUGCAUCUAAACGAAAAUCAGAGGUUCAAAUAACCGAUAUUAGUCCCGCUAUUGAAAAUUCAAAUGACUGGUGUCUAGCAAAAUUAUCAAUGAUGAAAUCAUUUAAUCCCUCAUUAAAUUCGUUUUUGAUUCCUUGUUACGUUGCAUCUGGAAUAUGUGAUAAACCAAAUGUUUUAAAAUAUGAUAUUGCAAAUACAUUGUAUCUACAAGUCAAUUGUCCCGUUGUUUGUCCAGAAUUAAUUUUACUAUCUGAUUAUGGUCAAACUACAUUGGAUUUUGGUGCCAUAUCUGUCGGUCAACGAACUACAAAAACAGUAUUAUUACAAAAUGUUUCAGAUAAAACAAUUGAUCUACAUAGUUCGUAUUUAAAUACUGAAGGACCAUUUCGACUGACAAACGCAUUACGAUCUAUAGAACCAAAUGGUACACAAGCAAUUAAAUUUAGUUUUCAACCAAAUGCAAUAACAGAAUUUCUUGAAACUAUCGAAUUAACAACAAUGAGUUCAAAAUUACAUUUAUGUUUGAAAGGAAAUGGAGUUAAACCAAAUGUUCAACUCUCAUUUGAUACAAAUAUAUUUUCGAUGGGAUGUGUUUUAGCAAAAGAUCGUGUUGAAAAAACAUUUCAGUUACAAAAUCAUUCUGAUAUGCAAGUUACAUUUAAAAUUGAUUUACUAAGUCUUUCCAUGAAUAAUCGAUAUAAAGAAAAUAAUCAAAAUGUAUGGACAAACUUUAACGAUGAUAAACAUUUUCUUGGUCCACAAAAUUUAAGUGGUCGAUCAGUAUUUGAUUUAUCACCCAUGGAAGGAGUUAUACAAGCUGGAGGAAAAAAGACAAUAUCAAUUAUUUUUAGUCCCGAUCAUGAGAGUGAUUAUUUUAGUGAUCUUGUUCAAAUUACAAUUUCUGAUCAGCCUACAAAACUUGAAUUUCGCGUACGAGGAAGUGGAAGACAAAGUACAAUGUAUGUUAAAUCUAUUGAUCAGUCAAAUGUUCUUCAAAAAUCACUACUGCCAAAUAUAGAAAAUAUUUUACAAACAAUUUCAAAUGAUCCAACUGAGAGAAUACAAACAAAUAUUCUCGUUGUUUUACGGUCACAAUAUAUUAAUGGAAAAUAUAUUCAGGCAGAAAAAGAGGUGAUUAUUGGUUGUUCUACAGUGACCAUUGGUCCUAAAAAAAAUGGUGAUUUUACCUUUGAUCCAACCAAAGAAAUUAAUCAGUUCGGUUUUAAUGUCGAUAUAACAAAGAGUACCGUUGAAGUUGGAACAGAAAAAAUUGUAAAAGUUACAUGGUUACCGCCCGCAAACUUUGAAGCAAAUGAAACAAGUCGAACAAGUAUUGGUUUGACGACCAAAGGGGAUGUGAUCAAAUAUUGGAAACUGAUAAUUAUUGGUUACAUUGAAACUUCACCAGAUAAACGUUCAUCAAGAACAACAAAACGUACAGGAACAAUAUCAAGGACAUCCGCCGUUCAAACACGAACUGGAAGAGGAGGAAACGAAGAAAAUCAAAAAGUGUCAAAUUCAACAGUAUUUGUAGGAACAACAUCAUAA